UGCCAUUCACUAAACUCACUACGCCCAGAAUCAUAAAAUUUGAAGCAAAUGGAAUUUUUCGAAACGGUGAAAAACAUCGGCAGCGAUCAUGCCCUGGUCGUCCCCUUGACGUUCUUCGUCGCCGUUCUCUGUUUUUGUUUGGUUAUUGGCCACUUGCUUGAAGAAAAUCGAUGGGUCAAUGAAUCAAUCACCGCCAUUAUCAUCGGAGUUGUUACUGGAACGAUCAUAUUGGUCUGCAGCAAGGGGAAAAAUUCUCAUAUCCUAACUUUUAAUGAAGAAGUAUUUUUCAUAUAUCUUCUUCCACCAAUAAUUUUCAAUGCUGGAUUUCAAGUUAAAAAGAAGCAGUUCUUCCAUAACUUCUUGACCAUUAUGCUGUUUGGGGUGAUUGGUGUUUUUAUAUCUGCAUCUAUUAUCACCGCUGGCAGCCAGUGGCUGUUCCCGAAAAUGGGCUUUCAUGGUCUGUCUGCACGGGACUAUGUUGCUAUAGGCGCUAUUUUUUCAUCCACAGACACAGUAUGCACCCUGCAGGUUUUGCACCAAGAGGAAACACCUUUACUCUACAGCCUAGUCUUUGGGGAAGGAGUAGUGAAUGAUGCAACAUCAGUUGUUCUCUUCAAUGCAGUCCAGAAGAUUGAUAUCAGUAGGCUUAACAGCAAGACAGCCCUCCAUCUUUUUGGAGAUUUUUGUUACUUAUUUUCAACUAGCACUGUCCUUGGAGUGACCACUGGGCUUCUAACAUCAUAUAUCCUGAAAACCUUAUAUUUUGGGAGACAUUCAAGUGUGCGUGAGCUUGCGAUAAUGGUUUUAAUGGCUUACCUAUCGUACAUGCUAGCAGAGUUACUGGAGUUGAGUGGAAUACUCACAGUUUUCUUUUGUGGGAUUAUCAUGUCGCACUAUGCAUGGCAUAAUGUGACUGAUAGUUCAAGAAUUACCACCAGGCAUGUAUUUGCAAUGAUGUCGUUUGUUGCUGAAACUGCAAUAUUUCUUUAUGUGGGCAUGGAUGCUCUUGACAUUGAGAAGUGGAAGAUAACUAAAUUAAGCUUGUGGAAGUUGCUUGGCACAUACACCAUCAUAGUUUUUUUGGUAUUGGUUGGUCGUGCGGCCUUUGUAUUUCCUCUAUCUGCCAUAUCUAAUUACUUCAUUAAACGUGAAGAUAGAUCGUCAUCGCCUUCUAUGAUCUCAUUUAAACAACAGAUCAUUAUAUGGUGGGCUGGAUUGAUGAGAGGAGCUGUCUCCAUUGCUCUGGCUUUCAAACAGUUCACAUAUUCCGGGGUUACAGUGGAUCCAAUCCAUGCAACAAUGAUUACCAACACCACAAUUGUUGUACUCUUCACGACAGUGGUAUUUGGAUUUCUAACGAAGCCACUCAUAAGUUGUCUACUUCCUCCCAACCAAGCAAGUAGCAGUGUAAGCAACUCCAGACCAAAGUUCACUGAAGAGGACAUAACUCUCCCUUUGCUUUCCAUGGAAGAGUCUGCUGCGACCAAUGUCCUCCGCGCAAAGGAUAGUUUGUCGAUGUUAAUAGAGAGGCCUGUUUAUACCAUACAUUACUUUUGGAGGAAAUUUGAUGAUUCCUACAUGAGACCUAUAUUUGGGGGACCUCGCCACAACCAACCACCGGGUGGAUCUGGUUGUUAACACAGAACUGCUGGAAGAGCAACUUUGAAUGGUUAAGAACUCUCCUCUCUCUCUCUGUCUCGCACUCUCAGUUUAUAUACAAUCUAUUUCGCUAGAAUAUUCCAAUUCUCGUUGAUCAGUAAAUACGGAGCUGGAAACUUGAUGUUCAGAAUCUUGGAAUGUUGGAAGCAUAAAGGUGUGGUCAUUUUGGUAGUGGAAGGGAGCAUGUAGUGUAAACUGUCGUGCAAGGUUGGGAAACUGAUUGGAUGCAUGUGCUCUUUCUGACCACAUUGUUGCUUUAUUUAGUAGACAAAACUUUGACUCACAUGUAAUAGCAUAUGUUUUUGUAGGGAUCAAGGAACUUUUAUUGCUAAUUGUCUUAUGUAUAGGUACAUACUCGGUUAAAAUACAAUAGAAAUGAACAUUCAUCUAUUUGCACCUACAA